CUCUGAUUCCCUCAAUAAGCCAUGGCUUCUUCUUCUUCUAGUUCUUCCCAGACUUACGACGUGUUCUUGAGUUUUAGAGGCCAAGACACUCGUCGCAAUUUGACUGGUCAUCUUUAUAGCGCUCUAAAACAGUCAGGAAUUCAUGUUUUCAGGGACGAUGAAGAGCUUGAAAGGGGAGAAGAGAUCUCUCCCUCAUUAUUGCAAGCAAUUGAAAGAUCACGAAUUGCGUUGGUAAUUUUGUCUCCAGAUUAUGCAUCUUCCAGAUGGUGUCUGGAUGAACUGGUGAACAUAAUGGAGUGUCGAAGAUCUGCAGCUCAGGUGGUUGUUCCCAUAUUCUAUAACAUAAAUCCGUCUGAUGUUCGUCAUCAGAGAGGCACAUAUGGUGAAGCGAUGGAACGACACGAGCAGAGGUUGGGAGGGGAAGGUGAUCGCCGGGUGUUGCGCUGGAGGCAGGCACUCACGGAAAUCAGCAAUCUUUCUGGGUUUGAUUCCACAGCAGAUCGGUCUGACGUUCAGCUGGUUGAUACCAUUGUGAAGUAUGUUUUAGAGAAAGUAGAUGCUGGACAAUUGUUUGUUGCUAAGCAUCCAGUGGGAAUAGAGUCUCGAGUUCAGCAACUGGCUAGUAAAUUGUCAACAAAGAGAUUUAGAAAAGCUCUUAUCAUCGGCCUCUGGGGGAUGGGAGGCGUUGGAAUAACAACCCUGAUUGAGCGAAGCCUGAUAAAUGUUAAUAGGAACAACAAUAGGCUUGAAAUGCAUGACUUAUUACGUAAUAUGGGAAGAGAAAUCAUUUGCGGAAGCCCUCGAAAGGACCCUGAGGAUCGUAGUAGAUUGUGGUUUCAAGAGGACGUAACUGAAGUGUUAAUGCAAAAUACGGCAACAAAAGUUAUUGAGGGCAUAUCCCUAAAGAAGCCCCAUGAAGUGUGUGAGAUUGAUUCUAAAGCAUUCAAGGCAAUGAGAAAACUCAGAUUGCUCCAACUAGAAUAUGUAAAUCUUGAAGGAGAUUAUAGGCAUCUUUCCAAUAAGCUAAGGUGGCUUUGUUGGCAUGGAUUUCCUUUAAAAUCCAUACCUGACAGCUUGCACCAGAAAAGCUUAGUUGUUGUUGACUUUAAAUACAGCAACCUCAGGCUAGUUUGGAAGAAGCCCCAAUUGUUGCCAUAUUUGACAAUUCUUAUUCUCAGCCAUUCACCUCACUUGAGACAAACUCCUGAUUUUACAAACCUACCAAACCUUGAAAAGCUAGUGCUGAAAGAUUGUCCGAGCUUAGUGUUAAUUCACCAAAGCAUUGGAGAUUUGAAAAAAAUUAUUUUGGUAAAUCUAAAAGACUGCAAAUGCCUGAGGGUUCUUCCUAGAAGCAUCUACAAGUUGAAAUCAUUAAGAACUCUCGUUCUUUCUGGUUGUUCAUUGAUUGACCAUUUAGAAGAAGAUAUUGAGCAGAUGGAAUCGAUGACAGUACUAAAGGCGGAUCAUACUGCCAUAACAGUAAUACCCAAGGCCUUAGCAAGAUUGGAAGCGCUUAAGCAUGGAUAUGUAUCUUUCCCAGGCCGCGAAGGAAGAGCACAAGAUGUAUUUCCUUCUCUCAUAUGGUCUUGGAUGUCACCCACCAAUAUUCCCCAGUCCAGCAGUGAAGAAUUUUUGCUGAGCAUGUCAUCUCUAGUUUUUUCUGUUAUACAGAAUGGCAGAUUUCUUGGCCUAUCUCCAUUUCUGGGCGAUCUUGCCAAGCUUCAAGGUAUGUGGGAGGAAUGCCGAUCACAGUCUCGAUUCAAUGGAGAAAUGGCAAGACUUAUGGAUGCCUUGUAUGGGACAAACUUCAUGGACUUGGAAUCCGCACCAAGCAGAUCCGGGGAAGCUUCUACAUCAUUUGACGGUCAUGAUCAAGUUCACAAUGCAACAUCGGCAGAUUUCCUCCCUUCUCUUUUAAUUCAAAUGGCAGAGAGCUACAAGGUAGACUUGCUGAGAGACAAAAUACUACAGGGAUCGAGUUGCGGCGGGUGGGAUGAUUCUAACCUCCCUGGUGAUCAGUAUCCGGACUGGUUCAUCUACAAGGGCGAAGGACGCUCAGUAAUUUUUAAGGCACCUCAAGUCAUAGGGUGUCACUUGAAAGCGAUGCUUCUGAAUGUUGCGUAUUCUUCUUCUAUGGAUAACACAAGGCCUCAAUUUUUCAUAAAUGUUUUGAUAAUUAACUACACGAAGGCUUAUGUUAAACAAUGUAAGGGAGACUCGGCAACUUUCCAUGAAGAUGCGAAAUGGCAAAGUAUCAUUUCAAGUAUUCAACCUGGUGAUCAAGUGGAGCUUAUUUUAAGUAUUGGGCCUCAAUUCCCUGUGAAGAAGAUUGUAGCAUACUUGAUUUAUGAUGGUUCUAUGUGACAAGUUAUUGAAAUAAUUGUAGCAGAACUUAUUUCGGUUUGUAA